CAGUCGACGAACUACUCGCAUUAGUGCAUCGACGAGAGACGUUGUUGUAGGAGAGAUGCAAGAUGCUAGUUCUCCCUGAUGUUGGUCUGAAAAGACAAUCCCGAGUCUGAAACAAUGAACGUGCCUGUUUGAAUGAAUCUCUCACCUACUGUAGUACCUACACUCUACAGUGCAGUGUUGUAGUUGUACUCAUUCAAGACAAACGUGCAAGCAGUAGAGUUGAAUGAUCAAGUAACACGAUGGCGAUAACUUCAACGUUCAUAGUGAUUUGUUUGAGUGUCUUCCCCGCUGCAAUAGUCUGCCAUCGCAGCCAUGGAAUGCCUGGCACCAAGCCAGAUGCAGGGAGUCCCUGGGCGAAUGUCUGUGAUGAUGGCCAGACUGGCGUGGAAAGUGACUUCAUGAUGGUGGAUGAAUCACACUGGACGUGCCAAGGACCCUUUAUGAGACCCAAAACACACUUGAAGGCUGUGGUGGAAGACAAGUGCUAUGCAAUCGAGAAGCCUAAACACAUUUGUGUCGGCGGUAACGUGACAUACUCCACUAACCCGCCACUGAGUGGUGGUCAUCGUCCCUCCUGGCCGGUGUAUGGCGAGUAUAAAUACCUGCCAGCUCCGCGCUAUCUCCAUGGUAUGGAGCACGGAGCUAUCGUCAUGCUGUACAAUCCGUGUGCAUCACCAAAUGACGUAGCACGGCUGAAGCGAAUCGUAUCGGGCUGUUUGCGACGACACUUGAUCACACCAUAUGUCAACCUUAGUACACCAUUGGCCGUCCUCUCCUGGGGCUGCAUACUGCGCUUGAACUAUGUGGACGAGGCUGCAGUGCAAGCGUGGAUACAGCUCCAUGCCCUGAACUCUGGGCGCGAAUCUGGUGUGUACGCCGAUGGCCAGUAUACGCAUGAGCUUCUCAAAGUCACCAUGGUCGUGUCGGAUAUGAAGGACAGGCAUUUAUGUCCAGGAGCAGGAAAAGCUGCUGGCGGCCAGAUAGCGAAUGGCAAAUCCACUGUUGCUAGCAGCACUGUCCGUACCACCAUUAAACCGGAACCAGGUACAGCCACAUUUACCCUACACACUACCACCACUACCACCAGGCACACAGUAUCGGCGGCAGUAGAGAAGUCGCAAACAGCUACACACAGAGCCUCUGUCAGGACUGGGUCGCCAACUGCAGCCAAAAGCACAUUGUCACCUGCACAGAAUCCUGUUACAACACUAGUUCCCAGUUCACCUGAACUCCAGACAACUACUGUACACGUUGCUGAAACUGAGCAACGAACUACAACACGGGAAAUCCCCACUGCCACCGAGACUGAGAGACAGACUAGAACACAGGGAAUCUCCACUGCCACUGUGCCGGAAAUGUCCCAACCUGAGCAUCAUCUACAUGCCACAGUGCAAUCUGUUGAGUUGUCACGACAAGCCACGGCCACAUCUAAGGAUGUUGCACACCACACACAGACUGGCACUAUAACUGCUGCUACUGGUAGCUCAACCACCCCUAGGAGCAGAGUAGCAGCAGCAGGGAGAGUGAAUCAAAUGUCACAAUCCACAAGUAGUAAUCGUCCAACGGGUGCUUCCACUACUGCACCGAGUUCCUCCAGUGUGUUGGACUCGCCGACUUCGGCAGAACUGAGCAAUGACACCGGUCUAGUGAACCACUGUGUCAAUCAUACUCUCCAUCAUUGCCUGCGCAAGAUCGCCACGUCCAAGUCAGUCUGGGCUGCUGUUGCUAUUCUCUUUGUUGUGCUGGUGGUCACUGCUGGCUUACUGUGCAUGCAGCGGCAGAGAACGGCAUCAGCAUUGUGCUGUUGCUUACGCACACGCUACAUCAUGGCCAAUGAGAAAGUACUGGCGUAUGAACAGCGCGGCAAACACAAGCAACCCCUGACGCAGCAGUUCCGCCAUCUCUCAACGCAGAUCAAUGGCCGAAGCGGACGGAACGGUGGUGCCAACUAUGUCAAGCUGCAGCAGGACGAAGAGGAUGAUGAUCUAGUGUGAUGUGCACUGGUGUGUGUGUGUGUGUGCGUGUGUGUGCGUGUGUGUGUGCGUGUGUGUGUGCGUGUGCGUGUGUGUGUGUGUGUGUGUGUGUGUGUGUGUGUGUGUGCAUGUAUACUACAGUUAUGUUCUGGUCCAUAUCCAGCUAGAAGAAGACCAGGGAUACAUAAUAUACAUACAGUCGUGUUGAGUAGUCAGUGAGCUGGCACUGCUUGAAAAUGCUUGCUGUUCCGUACCUUGGGUAGUGGAAAUCGUCGCCAGCUUAUGCACAGUCACAAGUCACCUUUUGGCCAAGUUCACUUUCACUUGGGGCCUCAUUCUGAAGGCCUGGCUUUGUGAACUGUGUUCAUCUCAACUCUUUACGUUCAUCCAUUGCUUGGCUGUAUCCAUGUCUCAGGGUAUUCAUUGCUCAUUGCUGCAUUUCCUCUCAACAGAUUGUCUCUAUCCCGAACUAUUCUUAGUUAAUUUCAGCUUGUGUUGAGUUACUUCUUGAGAACAACUAAACAUACUUGAGGGCAAGUGCUUGUCCACUUGCCUUGCCACCCAUUAUAUUUUUUUAGCAGACUUUUAUUCGGACAUACCCAUAACCGUUUUUUUGCAUUCCACCCCUAGUUUCUUUAUGUAGCAGUAGGUAACUGUAAGAACAUGUUGACCUCCUCGUACCAGGA